CCGCUAUUUUCCCUUUGAACAAAGAAUACACCUUAAUACCAUUUAUUCUAAGCACAAAAGAGAUAUAACAAAAGAGGAGACAGAACCUCCGAAUUCUCUUAAAAAAAAUAUAUAUAUAUAUCCCCCCCCGACUGAGGUUUUGAGAAAUCCUUGUUUGUGUUGUGGCUGGAAAGUUUUUUUUUUUGUGUUGGGAUGAAAAGGUGGAAGUGAGGAGAGGCCGUGCGUGUGCGAGCAAGAGACAGACAGAGAGAGAGAGAGAUCCUACACCGAGGUUCCUUCUGGGGGGAGAAAGGUCCUGGGAGGAGGUUUCCUUGAGGUGGAGAGAGCGAGGGAGGAAUCCUACGACGAGGGUUCCUUUUAGAGGAGAGAGAGAAGGAAGGAUUUUUCGCUCCGAGGUUCCUAUUCGAGAGAGAGAAAGAGGGAGAGAGUGUUGGGGGAUCCUACGUCCUGCUCGAGGUUCCUUCGUCGAGGGAGAGCGAGAGGGAGGUCCUACUCGGAGGUUCCUCGAGGAGAAAGAGAGCGGGGGAUCCCAAGUUCCUCGAGAGGGAGAGAGAGAGAGAGGAGGAUCCUACUUCGAGGUUCCUUGCGGGAGCGAGAGGCUGGCAGGAGGAGGAGGAGGAGGUCGUCCUCCAAGAUGCCCAAGGUGAAGACAGGAAGGAUCCACGGGAGUUACUUUCCCGACUAUGAGCUCAGGCGGAGGGAGACGGGCCUGGGCAAGACCCUAGGCUGGGACUCGGGCAUCAGGAGGUCCUUGUACUCAUCCAUGAUCCCCAGCACCUUCUGGGACCCCAUCGAGCACGACCCCAAGACAGGAUUCACGGGCCAUGGCGGUGUCUUCAACCUCGAGUUCUCUCCAGACGGGACCUAUCUGGUGGCGGCAUGUGAACAGCGGGCCAUCAUGGUGUUUGAUCCUCUGUCCAGACGGCAGAUCCAUUAUAUUCCCUUAGCUCACGAGAAUUGUGUCAAUGGUAUCAAGUUCCUUGACUCCCGCGUGUUUGCAUCGUGUAGCGACGACCACACAGUAGCCCUUUGGGAUGUGCGAAACCUGAAGAGGCGCAUCAGACUGCUCCAGGGACAUAGCAACUGGGUGAAAAACAUAGAAUAUUCUGCCGGUGAUGGCAUUUUGGUCACAUCUGGUUUUGAUGGCAAGAUACUUGGCUGGGAUAUUAAUGGGUACACAGAGGAUGGUCUGCUGUCCACCGAGUUGUUCAGCAUGCAAGGACUCAUGAGAAUGCGCCUAAGUCCCGAUUGCAGCAAGUUGGUCAUGUGCACCACUGGCGGCUACAUGGUACUCGUGCACAACCUCAGUCUAGAGCACCUGUCAGAAGAUCUUAGGAACUUUAAGCCCAACAUGUACCGAUUGAUGCAGUUGUCGAACACUCCGUUACCCCACGCCACCAUGUUCACAAACCUGUUCUACAGACAACGGAACAGAGUGGAGUUCAUCUCAGACUUCCCUCCCUCCAAUGAGGCUGAGGUCAUCCACUCUUUGCAAGUUCAUCCACAGGGUUGGUGUGUUUUGUCCAGAAAUACAUCUAUGGAAGAUUCAUCAGAGUGGAGCUGUGUUCAUGACAUCCAGGACCUAGGAGUGACAGCUUGCAAGGAUGAGGAUGAGGAUCAAGACCACCAUGGAGACCUAGAACCCUAUGAUGACAUUCCCUCAACAAGUGAGACAGAGGCACAGAAUUCUUCAACAUUUCAGAAUAGACCAAGCAGUGCAAACAGUAGUAAUAACAAUAGUAACAGCAGUACGAACAGUGGAAGUGAAAGUGGCAAUGUAAAUGGAAACUUACACUUAUCAUUGACGUUCAGCCCAAGGGUGGAAAUCAUGCUGCGGCACAGCCCAAGGGAUGAGAGUGAUGAUGGCGGUGGUGAUGGAGGUGGAGGUGGCAGGGGAGAAUUGGCAGGUGGAGCUGGUCCUGCCAGGAGUGGCAGCAGUGGUAGUAACGUCAAUGCCUUUGCUACAGCCUCUGGUGGGAGUGGAGUGAGAGUUGUAGAUGGUGCAGGAAUAGCAGUUGGUGGUAGUGCAGGAGGAGGAGGUGGAGGAGGGGGAGGCAUAGACAUCCAGCUACGAUUUACAUCAAUGGAUGUCUUUGAAGCCUUAGAACAUAUAAGGGAGCGCCGUGAGGAACAACGGAUACGGCAAGGAAGGCAGAGAGCAGCUCGGACUGAUUCAGAGGCCUCCUCGAGUAGUGGAAACAAUGAAAAUUCCUCUGGUUUCCCCCAGUCCUCUUCCUCUCAGUCACCAUCACCAGCCUUACAACACCUUGGCCGUAAUAGGACCUUUAGUGUGCACAGAGGUAGAGAUUUUGACAAUGCCAGAGAAAAUUUGGGCUCAGGGAGGACUGCAGCCAAUAUUAUCGACUCACGUAAUGCAUUUUAUAUCAGAACUGGUACUGGCAAUCAUAGAGCUCUGUUGCUUCUUCGACCCUUGGAGAAUUAUCCACGGUAUAAUCAGACGGUGGAUCCAAACCAUAAGAUUGCAAAGAAUAUUUCACGGCUAACUCAUUACAUAGAGGAACCAAAUGUUGGAAGAGGGUUUAUCAAGGAGCUGUGCUUCAACUCAGAUGGGCGGCUGAUAUGCUCCCCGUAUGCUCAUGGGGUGCGGCUCAUGAUGUUUGACCAGAACUGUUCAGAACUCUCCACAUGUGUGCAAGAUAUUCCCCAAACCCUUUAUGCUGUAUCCACCAACAAUUGUCAUAAAAACUGUGUUGUUAGUACCAAGUUUUCUCCCACACAUUGCCUUCUAGUCUCAGGCUGCCUGAAUGGCAAAAUUGUGUGGCAUCAGCCUGUUCUCUAGUGGAAUGAGUAGCUGCAGUGUAUUAUACAUAGUUAUAUGGGAAAUGGCUAUGUUAUAUACAUGGUGUUUUAGUUUUCUAUGCUCUUGAGCAAGCUUAAACUUUGUUGGUCUGCUGACCUUUCCAAUAGAUUUUCUAAGUGAAAUAGAGAAUAUAUUUGUGGAGUGUACUUGUGUGGUAUAUAGAAUGCACAGCAGAUUACAAGAGCAAUUUAUUUAUUGAAGGAAUGUGUAUCUAAUGAAUAACAAGUUCAUAUAGUUUGUUAUUCUUGCAUUUGGCAUGUGUCAAAGUGCUUAACUUAAACACAGAAUGUAUAACAGGUGUUUGUAAGGCAUCAAUUCAAAUGAUAUUUCAGUAGAUGGAUAGAAGUAGAGGUUUUACUGUGUGUACAUUGUUUAAUUUCUUAGAGUGGAAUAUGGAUUUUUUUUACAGUAUAUCCAAAGAGCAAUAAUGCAUUUUUUAGUUGUUCGAAAAAAGAAAAUUAGAUUUGUCAGUGCAUUCAAAUAUUAUAAGAGAGAUAAACACCUCUGUGUCUUGGAAAUACAGUCUCCUUUUCAUUUCUUCGGACUCAUUAGUUGUAAACACAAAUGCAUUGUUUACUUUGCAAGUUUCUCAGUUUUUGCUUCAGAAUUGCGCAGCUCAUUUAAGGAGAUGGAAGUAUGGAACAAGAUUUAUUUCCAGCAGGCAGACAUUGCAGUCUCUUGUGUUUGCAACUAUCAUGCUGUGCAUUAGUUUUUAUCAGGAGACAAAGAAGAAUAUGGUCAUUCAUUGUUUUUUUUUAAGGAGAGAUCAGCACCUUUUCAUUAUAAAAAAUUAUAGCAUUUAAGCAAAGGGUAGAUGAAAAUGCAGGUAAUUGAUAUGUACAGUUUAAAAAUAAUUAAGGUACAUUCCUUUAUAUUGGACAUUUCAAAAAAUGUUAAUUGGAAUAUAUGUAUAUACUAAAAUAAAAAAUAAAGACAUUGCAACACAUUAUAUUAAUAAUAGCAAGAGUUUAUGAAUAAAUUUAAAUUUCAAUAAGGUAUUAAUUGAUAAGACUUUAAUUUUUUUCUAUAUUUCUUCCCUCCUCCAUUUUUCUAACUAGAACUAUGUAUUAAUUUUUCUUUCUUUCUUUUAUUAUCUGAUCUGAUCAUUAUUGUUUCAAUUUGUUGGCACUGAAAGUUGGACAUUGUGUUGUAAAUGUGACUUGAUGCAAAUGAAUGCAUCGCUUGUCUGGGAUAGUAAGUGAACAUGCUCCCCUGCUGGAAUUCAGGUACUCUUUGGUCCUGUGUUAUGUAAUGGUUCAUAGGUAUUAGCUAGUGCUUGAAAAUGUUUGGAAAUUCACUGUCUUGAACCUUUGUUUCUCCUUUUCCUCUAUUUCCUCUUGUUGCUCUCUCUCUCUCUCUUUUUUUCUGUUUUAUCCCUGCGUCAAGUUUUUUUUGUGCCACCAUGUCUCUGAAAGUCUUCUGCUCUCAAAAAAAUAAAAUGGCAGUUAUUUUGUGUUCAGAGUAUCUGUGAUUCUAAAAGCAGGGUACAGAAAGUUGUGUGGAAGAAUGCAGGGUCUGAUUGAAAGAAAUAUUAAGAGAUUAUGGUUUCUUCUCCUUUGGAAGUCAUUGUUAGUGUUAAUUUUUCUCUUUUUUGUACUAUUUAAAUGUGAAAAUGAAUGAAUUGAUAUUGAACUUCAUACAAAAGGUAAUCUAAGCAUGAGGCAGUGAGCAUUAACAGAAAUGCUAAGGUAAUUAAAGCUGGAGUUAUAGUUAUAAAGUUUUAUGACCAUAAAAGUAGCAUAGAAAAAAUGGGUCGGUCGGCUGGGAUGUAUAGAAGUAGAGAAGAUGAUACCUCUUGCUUUGGGCUUCUUAUCUCAGUUUAUUUAAAAACCUACAAUUCUCUUUUCCAUCUCGGGAUUCAUGAUGUGAGGAUGGUAGAUUAAUGCUCAUUUAAUACGUCAGCCAUUUUAUUAUUUUCUUCUUGGAAAUACGGUACCUAAGCCACUAUGUGCCAUACAUCCCAUUGUAAAACCUUGCCUCUUGUUAUAUGCUGUGUAUUACUCAAGUCUUAUCAAAUAUUUAGGGCUUGUUCAAAUGGGGAGAGGAUUGUGCAAAGGAGGGGAACUCUGGAUUGUUUUAACAGGAAGUGUUUACAGUCUUCCUUAGUUGAUUAAGCCGUCGGUAUCACAGUUUAAAGUCCAUGUAAAGGCAUGUUUCCGCUAUAAGAUGUCUACAAGAUAUUAAAUGACAGAUGUUUAACCCUUUUCAGAUGAGCCAUAGGCUGCAUGGUUGCCAGUCUUUGCUUUAUUGUUUAUGUGUGAAGUAUAGUAAUUUUUCUGAGUGAUUUUUAACCGUAAGUAGUGGCAUUAAAAUGGUUUAUAAGUGGUACUGUAUCCUCUUGUGCAGAAGGGAAACAGACGUAGGUGUGGGAGAAACAAUGUAUCAGCUUAAAAUUGUGAAAUGUCAUGUUAGUGUAUAUGGAACUAUUAGGUAUAUUUUGAGUAUUUAUCUUGUGUUUAACCCUUCAAUGGUACAGUGUGUUUUUAUGUACCAGGGUUAGACAGUCAAACCAACUACAAAAAUUGUAAACAUUGGCAUACAAUUCUGAAAUAACCUGAAGUUUCACGCAAAAAAGUCAUUAGCACUGAUAAUGGAUUUUUAUGACGUAUACUUUAGGUUAUAUCAAUAUUGUUUUGAUCUAUCUAUCACUGGUUUAUGUCAUUGUCUGACAUUGUGUAUCCAUGAUUGUCUUUUUAACCAGAUUAGUUACUUAUCUAUGUAUAUAUUUAUGGUGUUUUCAAACUUUUUUUUUUUUUCUGUCUUGCUUCACAAUCCCUCAUAGAGAUGUGCAGAUAUCAAGAUGUGGGCCAAUAGCAAUGCCGAUGCCAAUACCCAAUUCUCAACCAAACCAAGCCCAAUACUCCAUUUCUAACCAUGGGCUGAUAUUUUUCUGAUACAGAUGUGUAGGAAGUUACAUUUAUUUGUUUUUAUAUUUUAUCUGGAAAUCUAAAAUAAGAUUAUGGCUACUUAUAUUUUAGUGACAGAGAUUAGAGUUAAAAUUAUUUACUGUAUUAGAUAAAAUGUAAAAAAAAUAUAUAUAUAUGUAAAAAUAAACUUUCAAAUAUUGUCAAAAUUUAAGUUUGUGAUCUUUUAUCCAGUAGCCUUUUUAUUUGUCUGAUAUGAUUGCUAAGCUGAGGAUGGUAUCUACAGUAUUAUUACUUUUUUUCUGCUUAUGUGAAUAAAGCAUGUCGGAAUCUUUUGAGCUAAUGAUACCAACAGCAAAAACAUGGCUUUAUCUUGAAUCCUCAGUUCAUUGCAAUAGAAUUUGGAGUAUUUGGCCAUAUUUUGACCUUGCUGAUAACAAAGCUGAAAAGAAAAGGCUGAUACGGCCUACAUUGAUGCCAAUACUAUCGGCACAUUUCUAAUCCCUUAUACCUCUGUGUAAUAUAUUACAGACAGCUUUAACUUUCUUUCUCCCUGUAAUCUCAUGCUUGUAGAAUUAUCUAUAUUAUUUUACUUUACAUUUUUUUUUUUUUUCCUUUUUUUUUUUUUUUUUUUUUUUUUUUUUUUUUUUUAAGUAAUAACCUGAUGUGAAUUUUUUUUUUUUUUAUAAUUUUACACAGCUGUAAUGGACAACAUGUUAACUCUUUCAAAUGUUAUCACAUAGUUUCUUUAUAAAAGCUGAAUGAUGAAUAAAAGAGAUAGAAGCAUCUUACUCUUGUACAUAUACUUGUUUAUCUGAGGUUUUGACAUUUGUAUAAAAAAAAACAAAAAACAAAAAAUAUAUGUGAUUAAAAAUGUUGCCUUUAAUAUUUGUCUUUUUUCAUGAGACUUUCAGAUACAUAGUGAUAAUGGCAUAGUAUCAAGCAUAUUAGAAUAUGCUUUGUAUUAUUUAGUACAUCCUAUGUUUGCUUGUUCAGGUAUAUGAUCUUUUUAUACAUAUUUGUAUCAGAUUUAAAGUUGUAAUCACGUGGUCCGGAAGGGAAAGUAAGUCACUUUUUUGUAUAUUCAUACAUGCAGGAAGUGUGGCAUACAUAAUACAUCGUUAAAUGAAGAUUCUUUGGUAAUCAUCAUAAGUAUUACCUUAGAUCAACAACAGAGCAGUUGAUUUUUUUUUAAAGACAUCCUAUGGGCAUACCAGAUCAUUGUUUUAUUGGGGAAUCACAAAUAAGUGUUGUAUAGAAACACAAAUACAGUAUUAAAAGAGAAUACCAACUAGUCUAUACUUAUACACAGGUAUAUAUACAUUGUCAAGGUGUAUGAGUAGAUGAAUGCACUGAUGAAUGGGUUUUUAAGUCCUCAUAUAUCACUGAAAUGUUUAAUAUAUUUCUAUUUGCAUGGCAAGAAUUUUUUUUUUUGUUUAUUUUUGUCAUUUGAAUAAACACAAGUAGAUUUUUUUAGAAUUUUGCUAUGGAUGUUAACUAUAUUACUAUACAAACAGAAAGUGCCAAGACUAAUAGUAUUUUAUAGGAAUGGACAGUUUGUAAUUUGAAUAUUAAGAAGCAAACAAAGCGGAACAGGCAGGUAUAAUUAACCUCAUAUAUUCAUAGGUAUGCAUUCCAAUGACCUUAGGGAUUGUUCAGGUAAAGUCUACAAUUGUGCAGAAAAUACCUGAAGGAAACAGAACUCUUGUCUGAAGGAAAGCCAGAUAAUGUAAUUUCUAGUUCUAGUAUUCUUGCUUCCAUAUCUCCAAGAUUGUCAUAUUAUACAUAAAGUGCACUGGUCAUAUUUAAUUUUGUUUAUGGUAAUUUCCUUGUAUAGUGUUUGUCAUUUAGUCAUUUCCUCUUUUGUAAGACAUGAAGGUUAUGUGACUAAAGCAGAUUUUCUUAGUAAUGUGGUUCCAUACCUUAAAUGCAGGAUUAAACGAGACAGGGAUGAGGGAGCAAAUAGCCAAGACAAAAAGGAUUGAUAAGAUUGAGAGAUGUGGGGAAUAUAGAGCAGGAUGAAAGAAGUUUAAAAGUAAUCAAAAAGUGAAAUGCUUGAUACCUGUUGGAAUCUAAAAGUCAAUCCUUUGGAAUAUAAUCUGGUUUGACAGUGUGUUAGAUUGCUAGUAUCAGUGUUCACAUGAAGUUAAUAUAAAACAAAACAUAAUAUAUAAUUCAUGUAACAAUACAUGUCUGCAUUUGUCACUUUGUCUUAAUUAGUAGUCGAAUAUGUAUUUUUAUACAAGUGUUCCCUAUGUCAUAACAAUGAUUACUCUCAAAAGUUUAAUCACUGUAUUGGUUCUUGUUACCAAACACUGAAUAAAAUACUUGGAACAUG